CAAGCAGUCAUACCAAUCUUUGUCCAAGUGCAUGCCUCAUAUUGCAUGUUGUCGAGGUAGGCAACCAGACAAUUACACGAAUACACAAUCCACCCUCGGUCAACACGAAUGGGUAAUGAUUUUGAUACAACCAAGAGAUCAGAGUAAUUAAAAAAAUGACGUACGCCAAAGAACUCUCCGAGAAUUUUUUCAGCAUUCCUCUAUCGACGUAUCGAGACCGAGAUGUCCCUCUCCGGGCCUUUCCAUACGGGAUGCUAAUUAGCGCCAUAUCUGUCCUCUUCUUCCGGACGACCAUUCAGUUUCCAGAGACGACAAGUAAAGAGCCCAUGUUUUUGCGAUGGUUUUUCGGUGCACUGCUUGCGUUUUUGACGUACUCCAAUCGGUCUUACGAGUUGAUUUGUGCGGUUGAGAUAUUCUCCUACUUGGCCACAUUUUUGCUCUUCUCCGAUUGCAUUCCGUCACUGUUUUCGAAGUUUGCAGAUGACAAGAAUAAAACUAAUGUUUUGAGGAUUGUUCUAAUUUCAAUCAGUGCUAUCUUAUGUUUGAUGGUCUGUCGCAUGGCCGCCACGGGGCUCCUUUUCGAAAUUUUGAAAUCAGUGACGCCAGCUUUCCUUUCAAAGGGGUUGAUGGCGAUGUUCCCGAUUGAAGAGAUCCAGGCUAGUUAUGAUAUAAUGAAUGAAUUCGUCGUCGAAGACGGUCUGCUCCAGGACCAGGUUGCAAGGCUAUUUUUCAUUACCUUUCAUAUUCAAGUAGGAAUCGGAUAUCUUGGAAUUGAUUUCUUAAAACAGGAGCAACAUCGACGGAAUGAAUUGGUGAAGAUGGAUAUCGACAUUGAAGGUGCUGUCGAUAAAGAUGGCGAUGGAGCUAAGAAAGCACCUUUGCACGAUGCGAAGGGUGGGGGAACGGCCAAAAAUAAGCUACAACGCGGAAUAGAAGAGAAAAAGAUGAAACGCUCUCAAAAGUUUCAGCGCACAGCCGCUCCAUUCAUCUUUUUUACCGCUGUGCCAUACAUGGUGAGAGUUAUUGGAUAUGGAAACAUAAACGCCUUUGCAUUCGCCUGUAUGCGAGAUGAUAUUCAUCGAGCCGUCAGACUCUAUGAUUUGUUCGAUCACGACAACCAUCUAGUAGCGCUGGCGGAUCACUCAGCGAAGGCACCAGCAGGUAAGAAGAAAAAGCACCUCCAAUUUCAAUGAAUAAAAGAAAUAUUCUGCCAUCUAUUCGUUUUCUCAUCUCAUAAAUUUCUCGAUGAAAGACUUCGCUGGUUUCAUGGAUACGAUUGUCUCUACUACCUACGAUUUGUUCAAUCGAAAACUUUUCAGUCUCCCAAAAGUCAUGCUUCUUCCCGUUGUCAUGUCGAAGCAGCCGAAAAUGAUUGCCCAGAUUUUCCCCAUCAUUUUCAUCAGUGACUGGAUGAAAGGAAGAGCCGUCUCGUAUAUGACAAGUCGCAUAGAAGAACUUGAAAAAGAUGUACAAGAACUAAAUGCUAUUAGAUCGAAGGUUGAAUCAUAUGAUUUGAAGAACUCGGAGCUUCUCCAUCGUUCAGGCCCAGGUGCUAUGAACUUCACGAAAGAAAGAUGGUUGGAAAUGACAGUGAAGUAAGUUAAUCGCAGGUACUCGAUUGUCUUCCUUUUAUGUUUCAAGUGACACUCUAACCUCGUGUUUUUGUAGAGUGCAAAUGAAGAUGGCUGUGAGCAAUUUGACGUCCCGAACGAAAGGUUUUUUCUCUUUUAUUCAGCGAAACUUUGUCUUUUCCGUAUUAGUGGAUUGUGCAUUGGCCCAAUUGAUGGCAGUUGGCAAGAUCGUAGCAGCUGACAUUUUUGUCUUUUCGCGGGCCAUAGAAGAUGCUGUUGACAUGAUACUGAUGCGAUCUCGAUCUGAAGCAGAACUGGCGAGAAUGAUGACGCAGAUUUCAAACUUGAAGGAGCUCUCCACUGUGUGGAAGUCUGCGAAAGAACGCAAUCUCUUACCAUGUAGCUUGAGGUCGAGACAUGUGGAUGACUCUUCUACACCGUUGGUCGUCUUUAAAAAUAUUGCGUAUGCGAGGGGAACAGCCGCAGUUCAAAUAGUUGACAUGGAAUUGCCUGCGGGUAUUUAUGCCCUUACUGGCGCCAAUGGUACGUUGUAGUCGUCUUACUUUUGUGCUAUCAACGACAUUGAAGAUUCAGUGCUGACCAACGUUCUUGUUUCUCACUUGAAACCUCAGGGAGUGGAAAAAGUACACUCUUCAGGGUGAUUAUGAGUUGUAGCACAAACGACCGUCCUAUUGAUAUCCCACCAAGUAUUUCACUUUCAAUUUCAUCAGAAUCUUUGACACCGUCUUUGGAUGGAAGACGGAACGAGAGUCAUGGAGACAUAUCAGAUGAAUCUCACCUACAACCAUCCAUAACGAUGCCUUCUUCACAUGUUGUUGAAAUAUCUCAGACUUUCUAUUGGCCGUUAUACUCAAAGCCGAUUGAGUGGAUUCUCCAACAAAGUUCAGCAGAGAAACUAACAAAUAAAGAAAAGGAGAAUCGGUCUCGAAGAGUGGCGGAACUGUUACAUUCUUUAGAGUUUACUCAAAGUCUGGACAUCGAAGAAGUGAGUGAGAAAGACAAUGAAACGAGAAACUUGACCGAGAACGAGUCCAACAGCGACAGCAUUGUAGCUAGUUCUCCUACUGGAGAUGCCAUCACUCGAAUUAUGGAAGACUUGGAGGAAGUGAAAGAGGACUGGUUCAACGAUCUCUCAGGUGGGCAGAGAUCUAAGGUUGAAUUGGUGCGAAAGGUAUUCUUAAUGGAUGAAUGCCCGAAAACUUUGUUGAUUGACGAGACAAUGGCGCCUCUUGACCCGCGAUCCAAAGCUUUGGUUAUGGAGCAAAUAAAGUCGUUCUGUAUUGGUAGUGUCGUCAUAGUAAUUUACCAUACAGACGUCGGGAGAGAACAGGAAAAAGAUGGGGGUGACCUGGUGGAGUGUGUUCCAAGCAACAAUUUCUUUGACGGCAAUAUUCAUGUGCAAAAUAAAACCAUGAUCCUUCGUCCCGUUUGCUGACAAACAAUAAAUCGCGAGAGUGAGGAAUAAUAAUGUAGUAGUUAAUAGGUAAUUCGUGCACAGUGCAUGUGGCGCCCAAAAGUAGGGUAUGAUUCAGUCGGUCCCGUAGUUCUUCAGAGAAACGAUUGCAGACGAAUAAGACUGGCGUUCUCGUCACCAAUGACGUUUGCAUGGCGUUCACCAUUUUGCGUCGUCAUCCAUGUUAGUGAUCUUUUUGAUGGUUUAUUCGACCUCUAUUCCGGAGUCCAACCUGUUCGUGUGGACCUUGAUGUGGGCUACCAACUCGAGGUCCAUAAUUUAUUGUACUAUAUUGACCCCCUUCGCCUUCGCCCAGACUUGAUGUGAUAAACAUGGGCGUCGCUCGGGAGACGGUGGGGUCUGGUGGCCAAUCAUAAAACCGAUCCUUUCUAAAACGAAAAUAAGGGACAGCAACAUCCCUAGGAACAAGUGAAGUCCUUUUGUUCGGCUUGCAAUGUGCAUAGAAUGCAGGACGAGGUGAGAGAAACAUGUCCGCUUCAUGAAUUUCAUCCUGCUGUUGAUGUAUUUCUUCCUCCUUUUUGCGACUCAACCCCCAUGAUCGCUUCUUCCUUCCAUCCUUUUCUUCACUUUUUUUGUUUUCGUCAGGAGAGGUAGUUCUUGAUUGCUGUAGUUGCUGCUCUGCCAAUCGUUGAGGAUCGUUGAUCUUAAGCUGAGCUUUCAGUGCUUCUCUCUCUUCAUCUUCUUUCUCUUCUUGUUCGCGUUGCUUCGCUCUGCGUUCCAAAUACUUGCGCACUCCAAUAUUUUGUGGCCCGAGCAAUAUGAAACUACAGAAGAAGAAGAAAGUCCGCCAUGGGAAGAUUAAUAAGACAAACAUCAACGUCCAAAGGAAAGAAAAAAUCCAGAAUGUCAAAUAGGGAUCUCUCCAGGUCCACACAUUGAAUGAUAUUCGGGAGCCAUAAAUAGCAAUUCGAAUGAUUCUCAUCAAUGGCCCUAGAAAAGACGACGUAAUUUUAACAAUAGGAUUCGGGUUCUUGAGGCGAUAUCCAAGCAACUUGUCGAACUCAUCGUAAUGUUUUUUUUCUUUCGCUGUCAAAACAUCACCCGCAGGACCCUUCGCAUUAACUUCUUUGCCUAGCUGGUUCUGAAGCUGAGGAGGCGGGAAAUGCACAUGUUCGACGGAUAUAUUCUUUGAUACUCGAUGUAACAUGUUUUCAACCUUGGUUAAAUGGACUUGGGGUGGUUGUUUUUUAGCUCCAGAUUUGUCAUUGUUUUGUUGGGGACCCACACGGAUUCUACGAUGUUUAUUAGCUUUCCCUGUCUCGAGGCUUCGCCCUCUUCUCUUCUUAUAGGGAGAUGGCUCUAUGUCUUCGUCUUCUUCUUCAUCACUGUCUUCCAUAUUUUCAUAUCCAUAUUCCGCCUCGUCUAGUAUGUUAUCCUCUUCGUCAUCAUCUGCUCCGUGGCUUUCAUCGGAUUCCUCAUCUGUUUCGUCCUGUUGUAGGUCUGCCGGUGCAAUGUACAUAGAAAGCCGGCGAGCUGUUUGAAGUUGUCGACGACUACUAAUAUCUAUUGGUACAGCGCCUUUAUCCUUGUUCUUUCCUUUCGGUUUUUUGUUUGUUGUUGGAGCAGAUGCUAUGGCAUCUGCAGCCGAAAAUUUCGGAUACUCGGAUCUCUCAGAGAAUGGGAAUUCUCGAUGAUUGUGUAGCUCGAUAUCCAUGUACUUUCCAUCUUCUCCAAUCACUUGUCGACGAGGACGCUUCUUGAUCAAAAGAGGCCUCAUUUUUCGGUUCUCCUUUUUUCCAUCAAAGACGAGAGAGAAAAAUAGUUCUUGGAUCGUGAGGCCUUGAUAACCUAAAUUUCCUUCUUGAGUUCGAGUAAAGUAGAAAUUGUUCUCUAGAAGGAGGUAAAUCAACCAGCCAACAAAGAAUGGUGGUGCCAGACGGAUAGAGUUGACAGACACGCAGUACAUCGAUGUCAAGAAGAGAUAGAUUGACAUCAAUGGAUUCUCGUAUAAGAUACAGUCAAGAAUAAUAACUUUCAGGAGAA